CGCGGCUCUCAGCAGUGGAAUGCGUGGAAUGUUUUUCCUGUGUUUGCUGCAUCAUGCGCCGCGCAGCUCCGUUCUUCAGCUCGGGCUCCGCGCUUCUCGUGAGGCGGCUCUGAGGCGCUUCAGUGAUGGCCGAGCCGCUGCUCAAACGAACCUUCUCCAGACUCCGCGCAAAGGAGCGAUUCCGCCGCAAGACGGACCCCAAACUCACCGAAGUGACAGGGAAGGUGGACCUUUUCCAAAGUUCUUCAUCAACUGCAUCCACCUCAGGUCAUGCUGAGACAGAGAGCUCCACCGUGGAGGAGUGUACCAGACGCUCCCAGAUCACAGUCUCCAAAAAACAGAACUGGGCUAAACUUCCCUCUACAAGCAAAGACCCAGCCAACACAGAUCUGUACAUCAUCAGGGCGGAAAGUUUGGAUCUGAUUGUGCUACAGUCGGACUGUAUUAGCUCUGCUAGUGGUGUGAAAUCUGACAGUCCCGGGGCACAAAAGAAAAGCCCAGGAGAGGGUGGAAGUGGAAGCAGUGUGAUUGACAAGAUCAAGUCUCCAGGAACAGUGCGACGGCUUUCUAUGAAGAUGCGUAAGCUUCCGGAACUAAGACGGAAGCUUAGCCUACGCUCAUCCCGUAAUCAGCGCAACGGACAAGGGAAUGCCGGCAGUGCACCGGGAGCGUCCGAUGAGGCUUCACCACCAAAUGCACGCAAGGAAUCGUCCAACGUCAUCAGCAAGUAUCACCUGGAUUCCAGUGCUCCCGCAAGGCCAAGGCGUCGAUCCUCUCGAACGCGUUCUGCUAGUAAAGGAGGAUAUCUUAGUGAUGGAGACUCACCAGAACUCUUGCCAAAGCAGGGCUCGGGUCAGGGGUCAAAAGGGUCACCUACACCACCACCGCACCAUGGACCACAGGAUUCACUUGCUGUGGCAGACGCAGAGUCGUUCCGCUUGUACUCGCUGGCAGAUCAUCCUCGCUGCGCACAGAGACUGUCAGGGCUGCUCACGGUGCAUCUGCUGGGCGUCGAUGAGCUGCUACGAUCCCCUCGGAACGACGCUACUAAAGAAGUCUUCUGUGCCAUUCAAGUGGACGGGGUGACCCGAGCUCGAACAUCCCUGCUCACCUGUCGAGGGGCGUGUCUCCCACUAAACCACACCUUUAACCUGGAGCUCGAGAGGGCGCGGUUGCUCAAACUGGUCAUUUUGACGCCAACGAAUGCCAGCGGAAACGACGCCUCUGCCGCGCUUGCUGCUACCGCACGUAACCGGGUGUGCUGUCUGGGUGCUGUGGCUAUACCGCACCUCUUCAAGGGUAAGAGAACAGCUUAUUUGCAAAUCAAGUCACAAGGUGAAGCCAAUAGUUCCCACUUUAAGUUCUGA